AUGCUGCCACAACCUGAAGACAACCCUCGCCCACAACAAAGUACCCCUGAAGAGCAUCAUGUCGAUUUACCCAACGUCCAGCCAAACCCACCAGUUAAUGCACAGCAAAUGGCUGAGUUAUUUCAAGCCUUUUUGGCUAGUCAACAAAAAAACCAGCAAAAUGAGGAAGAAAAAGAAAGUGAGCGAGAAGCUACCUAUCCCGAUCGUUUAUUGAAAUUGAAGCCUUUGAAGUUUUGUGGUACACCUCAUUCUGACAAGGCGGAGAUAUGGAUCAAGAACAUAAAAAAUAAGCUUGAUAUUUUGAAAGUGCCAGCUAAGAAUCAAAUUAAGUUAGCUACUCAUGUAAUGGAAGGUGAAGCUGACUCAUGGUGGGAUACCGUCUGUGAUCAAAAUACAGAUAAAGAAAUGACUUGGGAUGAUUUUGAGCAACAUUUUUAUGAUCUGUACUUUUCGGUUGCUCUGAAACAAACAAGAAUGAAAGAAUUCUUUGAGCUGGAGCAAGGCAAUAUGACAGUGGUUGAAUAUGUCUCUAAGUAUACAGAGUUAGGUAAAUAUGCUAAGGCUCUAGUAGCUGAUGAAAAUAUGAAAGCAGUAAAAUUUAUGUUGGGCUUGAAAGAUGGCAUCAGAAGGUAUACUGUGGGUCAAGGAACGAAGACUUAUAGGGAGAUUAUAGAUACUGCUUAUGCAUUUGAGCAAGAUCAUCUCAGCUUUUUGAAGAAGAAAGCCUCAGCUGGUGCAUUUAGGGGAAGCAAGGGUAAAAAGAAGGUGAGAAAAGAAUCUGGAAGUUCAAGUGGCAGUGGAAGACUAAGAAAAAGGGCAAGCUAG